AAAAGAAGCACUGCCUUUGUCCUAAAAUGUUAACGCAUGAAGAUUGAUGGAGCAAAUGAGCAAAAAUAAACAAAAAAAGUGGCCAUUUUGGAAACUGUUGCCCGUAAGUGUAGAAAUGGUUUUGAUUAAACUUUUUAGACGCACAAUACUUGGCUCCUAACGGCAUGAACAAUCCUACACUUGCCUUAUUGUAAAAACUAAAAUUAUUUUGCAUGCGGAAGUUGCCGACACUCGCAGCAUGCAUAUUGCAGGUACAGGGCUUCAUACUCAUGCACAUCUUGUUCUCCUACGCUUACAUACGGGAGUGCAUUGUGUCACUUCUGAGGCCCAAGGCAUGUGAAAUGUCUCAAUUGUCAAGUAAUGCGAUGCAGUCACGCGUCGAUUGAGCAUCGCCAACCGUGCUGAGUCCGGAUCGGCACAAAGUUUGGCUUGUCUUCCGGUUCACGGUAAUAUUUUACUGCGCUUCCAAUAUUACCUAGGUAAUUCUUCGUACCCUCGCUAUUAUUUAGCAAGUCUUCCUCGGAUUUGUCUCACGCUCUUCAGUAUCCAAUUUGCUUCUCUAAUUUGACAUUCUCAUUGGCCGAUCAAGGCACAAGC